AUGGUUUUCGAGACAAGCACCGACGAAAAUGCCCAACCUCGAGUAGAUAGCGAACCUGAGAAAGACUUAUCUGGUAGCAAGACUUCGUCCGUAGACGACAGCAGGCUCGACGACAACAACGGUACGAACGAUUGUCUGGACGAAGCCGUCGACACACAGCAUACCAAUACGCUAGACAUCGAGAAAAUUGCUACCCAAGAUUUGCCACCAUCUCUGCAACCGCCAGACGUCGACCCGAAUCUCGUGGUCUGGGAUGGACCUGAUGAUCCGGGCAACCCACUCAACUGGUCAGCGAAGCGACGAAUAGCCAUUACUGCUUCGAUGGGUGCCAUGACUUUCGUCGUCACAUUUUCCAGCUCCAUCUUCGCUUCGACGUUAGGUCAAGUGGCCGAGGAGUUUCAGAUAGGUGAAGUGGUGGCGACCUUAGGAGUGGCUUUGUUUUUGCUAGGCUUCGUGCUUGGCCCCAUUGCCUUCGGUCCUGCAUCAGAAGUGUUUGGCAGGAAAAUUCCUUUGAUAGCUGGUUAUGCCUGCUUUGCCAUCUUCCAAAUCCCCGUAGCGGUCGCACGGAACGUCGAGACGAUCAUGCUCGGUCGAUUCUUGGGCGGCUUUGCAGCUUCAGCACCUUUAGCCGUAGUCGGUGGUGCAAUGGCUGAUAUUUGGCCUCCACUUACUCGUGCCUACGCCAUAUCCGUCUUCGCCGCCAAUGCUUUCACUGGUCCCGUCGCUGGUCCAAUCGUUGGCGGCUUCGUGACAGAGUCCUAUCUUGGCUGGCGAUGGACUCAGUGGAUCACUCUUAUUCUAGCAUCUUUCUUCGGUAUCAUCGGUCUUUUCGUCAUCCCAGAGACAUCUGCAGCUCGCAUCCUGCAACUUCGCGCGAAGGAACUGCGGUACCAGACUCAGAAUUGGGCUUUACACAGCAAAGCCGAUGAGAAUCGGAUUACUGCUCGUACGAUCAUGACAGUCUAUCUGAUUCGGCCGUUCGUGAUGUUGGUACAGGAGCCCAUUUUGGCACUGAUUACCGCAUACAUGAGCUACCUCUACGGCGUACUCUAUCUACUCUUCGAGGCUUAUCCAAUCGAAUUCCACGAGAAGAGAGGAUGGAGUCUCGGCGUCAGCGCACUCCCAUUCUGCGCAUUUAUGGUGGGUAUUGCUGGUGGCGCUGCCAUGAUGGUCUACUCCACCGCCACGAACUUUAAGAAAGCAUACUACAAGCAUGGCAAGCCUAUACCGGAAGAAAGGUUGCCACCCAUGAUCAUUUGCGCCAUAAUACUACCCAUAGCACUAUUCUGGUUCGCCUGGUCUAGCAUGACAUACGUAAGCUGGGUGCCGAGUGUCAUUGCAACUGCCUUCCUUGGGAUGUCCUUGCUGGUCACCUUCUGGCAGGGCAUCAAUUAUAUCAUUGACGUCUACACGAUAUACUCGAAUAGCGCUAUCGCUGUCAACACUUUUAUACGAUCUAUUGCCGGCGCUGUAUUCCCACUUUUCGCUGCGCAAAUGUAUCGUGGCUUGGGUGUACCAUGGGCCACAACACUGCUGGCUAUCAUUACGGUUCUCUUCAUUCCGGCUCCAAUAUUGUUCUACAAGUAUGGCGCGCAGAUACGAGCACGGUCCAGAUUUGCGCCUACUGGGUGA